GGGGCGAGAGGACGAGAGAGGGCCACGAGAGGAGAUUGGUUACUGGUCUCUGGGUGUGGGUGCCAGUCGACGAGAUCUCGUCAGAAGGGGAGCUGGGGAGAUUGAGGGUGGAGGGAGCAAAGUGGAACCAGCUCGCGUCCCAAAGUCCCGAGUUGAGUGCGAGUCCCGAGUUUAAAGUUGAGAGUUGAGAGUUGAGAGUUGAGUGAGUAGAGUGAAUAGAGCUGGAGGAUUUUCAGCCGGCCGGCCAGCCAGCCAGCCAGCCAGCCAGCCAGUCAGCCAGUCGUCGUUCCGCUCUCAAACCAGAGUAUCCUCUUUUCCUUCACUCCCGUGAUUAAUUAGUUGAAAGGGAUUUAAAAAAAAAAAAGAAAAAAAAAUAUGUUAUUCUAAAUAAGAGACUAAUAAUUAUCAAGUGCAGAAGUGAAAUGUCGUAGCGUGUAAUCGAUUAUUAGCGGAUGUCAUGGAUUGCUGAAUUCGAGAGCAUUCAGAAGAGGAAUAAAUGAGAGAAGAAAGGAUAAAAGAGAGAGAGAGCGAGAAAGUGAGUUAGUUUGAAGAAAGAGAAGAUACUCGACGGUAAAUCGUAAAUAAAACCAAGAGAAUAAUCGCAGUGACCGAGAUUCGCGAGUGGGUUUAGUUGAGCUUGAGGUUUUUAUAAAUAUUCCCGUUUUGUUGGAAAAUUAAAAGUCCUUUCUCCGGCGGAUAUAUCCUAAUAGGAGAAAUAUUAUAUAUUUUCCCGAAGAUUGACUCUCGGAGAUAGCUAUGAUGAUAACAUUGGAUAACAUAGAAAGAAGGUAAAACACAAAAUGAUAAAAAGAAAUGACGACAGUCGUCAGCGUUUCUGAAACCGGAGCAGAAGCUGAAGGCACCUCGAGCGAUUUUAUCAAGUCAAGAUCUCGGGUCUCGGGACUGUGCUAGGAAAUAAGUCAGACGUAGAAAUAUAAGUACCGAAGAGUAAAAAGGAAGAAAAUUAAAUAUAAAAUAUAGAAGGGAAGAAAUGAGUGUAUCAUAAAGGAUCUAGCCCAAUAAUUUAUCUUUUGUAGUCGUCGCGUGGCAGCUGACGAUCAAAGGACCACCUCGAUAUUUUUUAUUAUUAUCCCACUAUAUACUAUAUAUUAUACGCAAUACUAUAUACGCUAUAUUAUACUAUGGGUUCUUCUAUUUGGAUUAGACAGUAACGGGUGUAACGGAUAUAACGGAUAUAAUAUAACGGUAUAACGAGGAGAAGCAAUAAACUACCCAAGAAAAGGUGGAGGGCUGAAGGCUCAGGCGCUGAGGCUUUAAGAUUCAAGGCUCAAGGCUCAAGGCUCAAGGCUCAAUGCUCAACGCUCAAUGCUCAAGGCUAUAGGGAAAGGACGCCUCUAGUUAUAACAAAAACCACCAGUUACUAUACGGUGCUCAGCAAACCACCGGGAAUGGAAACUGUUCUUAGUUGGCCUCAGACUUUAAUCAUUGCGAGCAAAUGAACAACAACCAAGUUUCCGGGGACCGGAGAGGCGACAAGCCGGGAAAGUGUCAAUUACAACUCAUUUGGCUGAGUGUCGUACCUCGAGAAAUAGACACGAAAAUUCUUCAAUUAGAUCAAAGUGAUACAUAAUUGACAAUAUAAUUUAUCUAAAUUGUUAAAAUUAUCAUCAAAUACUAAUAAUAUAAUUUAACUCUCUAAAUUAAUAAUUCACUUGAAAGAUAAUAAUCUAUAUGAUGGCGAUUCGGUAGGAGAUUUUCCUGAUUGAUGAAUUAGUGUCGCGUGUCUCUUGAUAAAACACCUUCAAUUAUCCGCGGCUACUACCGUUUGUUAUUAAACAUAUUAUUACACAUAUAUAUAGAUAUAUGUUAAUGUAAACGUAAAUUCAAUGCCAACCGAGGAAUAAAAUAUAGACGAUAAUAGUAAUAAUAAUAAAAAAUAAAAUAAUGUGUAAUACACGUGAACGAUGUAAUCGCAUGAAACAAUUAUGAUAUUGAUUAAUAACGACGAGAAAUAAUUUAACGACAAAUAUAUUAAAUGUAUAGAAAAUAAAAAGAUUUUCUAGACAUAAAUUUUUCGGAGGCUAAAGAGGACACGCGAUACUCUGUUUCGUUUAAAAAUCGAUUGAAAGGGUUGAGAGUAAAAAGGUAAAUAAAGCUGGAGCUUCUAAGUGAGGAAAAGGAUAAAAAGGAAAGAGGAAAUUCGAGAAGGAAAUCGACCUAAGGAGCAGCCCUCCGUUACUUAAUUCUCCGUUUCCCAGGCUAAUGUUCGAGAGGUGUGUCUCAAAAUGAAAGCUUUUAAAAAUACUCGAGGCUUAUAUUAAUAAUUAAUAGCUGAACCAGUCAGAUUUUCUAGAUCUGCCAGAAAAUUUAUAUCAACUAAAAUUUAGUUUCCAUUUAAAAAUAAUGCCAACACUUGUCGUCUGAUCGUUUUGACUACUUUAAUCGAUAACGUAGCACACUACUACGACCACAGUAUCACUAAUACAAAUAUAGAAAUACAAAUACAAAUAAAACCCAUAAGAUAAGAGUUUACACUGCAAGCACAAGAGAACAGCUCAAGUAUACGUUCGAUUAUUUGUCGUGAGCAAGUGGAUUAAUAACAAAAGACCUGAUGAGAGUAUACUGAUUAAAAUUUUUAAGAAAUUAAUACAAUAAUAAUAAUAAUAAUAAAACAGAUGGAUUUAUAAAAUAAUUUAUUCAUCAAGAAAAAUAUUUGCGUUUAACGAUUGAUAGCAAACAAACUGAACAUUGGUUACUGAUCCCUAGUAAACGUGGAGCCUCCGGGGAAAUACUUUCGUUAGAUCGGAUUGGUUUUUGUUAGCCGCAGGACGAGCUUCAGCUUCAACUACCAAUACGAGAGAGAGAGAGAGGAGUCGAAUAAGCCGUGAAGGGUGAAGGGAUUUUUAGUACAUAUAUACUACGAGAAAGCUAUGGAGGAAUUGAUGGGACGGGUGAAAUUGAUUGCACACGUUAAAGAGACCUAAUAACCUUCGAAGCUCGGACAUGGGUCAAGCCAUACUACGCUUACACGGAAACGUAAAACAUCACCCCAUCAUCUCAUCAUCCUCUUUAAUUUCGUUUCCUAAUUUAUUUACGUCCGUUUUUAAGCCAUGACUUUUCCUUAUUAUAUUUUUACAAUUAUUAUUAUUAUUAGAUAGUUAGUUAGUGAGUGAGUGAGUGAGUGAGUUAGUGUAUUAAGCGUAUAAAGUAUAAAAUAUUAAGUAUAAUUAGUGAUUAAAUUUAACCGCGGUAUUAGAUAAAAUAAGGGAGGCUAAAAUGACUAAGUGGCUGCUAAUUAUUAUUUUACAUCUGAUGGUUCUGCUGGAGAGUGGCCAAGUCGGGUGGUCAAAGCAGCCGACCGAGCGCGAAGCUAUUCUCAUACCCGGUGACAUAGUUCUCGGUGGAUUGUUUCCGGUACACGAGAAGGGAGACUUUACAUGCGGGCCCAAGAUUUACAACCGCGGGGUCCAGAGACUCGAGGCGAUGCUCUUUGCGGUCGAUCAAAUAAACAAAGACGAAAAAAUUCUACCGGGAAUUUCGCUGGGAGUUCACAUUUUGGACACCUGCAGUCGAGAUACCUAUGCGCUCAAUCAGAGUCUCCAUUUUGUUAGAGCUUCAUUGUCUAAUUUGGACAUUAGUGUGCUCGAAUGUGCUGAUGGAACUCCACCGAGAAUGAAGAAAGCUGCUGCUGCAGGACGAAUUUUUGGAGUUAUUGGAGGAUCUUACAGCUCGGUUUCUCUCCAGGUCGCGAAUCUACUGAGGCUGUUUCAUAUCCCCCAAAUAUCCCCGGCCUCAACGGCAAAGGCUCUCAGCGACAAGACGAGAUUUGACUACUUUGCACGUACAGUCCCACCUGAUACAUUCCAGUCGAUUGCCCUCGUUGAUGUUGUCAAGAGUGCUAACUGGUCUUACGUGUCUACCGUGCACUCUGAAGGCUCUUAUGGAGAAUCUGGUAUUGAGGUGUUUACUCGUCAGGCGACGGAGAGGAACGUGUGUAUAGCAGCUGCGGAAAAGGUUCCCAGUGCAGCAGAUGACAAAGAUUUUGACAGUAUUAUUCAGCGUCUAUCAAAGAAACCGAACGCCCGAGCAGUGGUCCUUUUCACCAGGGCGGAAGAUGCACGUAGAAUAUUAGAGGCAGCACGUAGAUCGAAUAUAACUCACCCAUUCCAGUGGAUAGCCAGCGACGGCUGGGGACGCCAAAAUAAAUUAGUGGAGGGUAUUGAAGCUGAGGCUGAGGGGGCUAUUACCGUUGAAUUGCAAUCUAAAACCAUUCCAAGCUUUGAUGAGUACAUGCAAUCUUUGACUCCGAGCACUAACAAGCGAAAUCCCUGGUUCGGAGAAUACUGGGAGGAUGUCUUUGACUGCAGACUACCCAAAAAUCAACCUGUGAUAAAUAAAAAAAAUUAUAUUAAUAAUAAUAAUAAUGCUAAUGCUAAUGUUAAUACUACCAAUAAUUAUAAUUACAUUAAAAGAAACAUUUGCUCCUCUAAACUACGACUCACACCGGCAAACGGGUACGAGCAAGAGUCUAAAGUCCAAUUUGUGGUUGAUGCGGUCUACGCUUUUGCUCUUGCACUCAACAACUUGCAAAAAGACCUCUGCAAGGGCAAGGGCCUUUGUCAAGCGAUGAUAGAUUACGACAAGGGGAUUUUCUACAAGAACUAUCUACUCAAUGUCUCUUUCACAGAUUCUGCUGGCAGCGAAGUUAAAUUUGAUGAACAUGGUGACGGUCUUGCUAGAUAUGAAAUCCUUAAUUUUCGUAAGAAUGAUCCAAAUGCUACCAAUGGAUUCAAUUAUCAAGUAGUAGGAAGAUGGUACAAAGAAUUAACCAUAGACAUUGAAGACUUGGUAUGGGCAAAAGGAGCCGAAGAUAUUCCAGUAUCAGCAUGUUCAUUACCCUGCGAAUCGGGGAUGAUACGGAAGCAACAGGGCGACACCUGUUGCUGGGUUUGCGACCGGUGCGAGGAAUACGAGUACGUCUACGACGACACUACUUGCAAGGAGUGCAGCCCCGGACACUGGCCCCAUCCAGACAAACGAGGCUGCUACCCUUUACCAGUUAAAUACAUCAGAUGGGACAGUGCGUUCGCUAUUGCACCCGCGGUUAUAUCCUUAAUGGGGAUUAUCGCUACACUCGCGGUUGCUGGAUUGAUGUUUCAUCACCGCGACACGCCGGUGGUGAGAGCCUCUGGCCGUGAAUUGACCAUUAUAUUGCUCGCUGGAGUCCUUGUUUGUUAUUUAAAUACUUUUGUUCUGGUUGCUCAGCCGACUUUCGCAACAUGUGUGCUCCAGAGGUUUGGAGUUGGCGUCAGCUUCAGCGCUGUUUAUGGUGCGCUUUUGACUAAAACAAACAGAAUUGCUAGAAUUUUUGACUCUGCGUCAAGAUCAGCAGUAAGACCAAAGUACAUCAGCCCAAGGUCCCAGGUGUGCAUCGCGACUUUUCUGAUCGGGUUGCAGGUGAUGCUCACCCUAGUGUGGAUGAUAGUCGAGCCAGCGGGGACCCGGCACUUUUAUCCAGACCGCCGGCAAGUUAUCCUCAAGUGCAAUAUUCAAGACAUGAGUUUUUUAUUCUCCCAGCUGUACAACGCGGUCCUUAUAGUAAUAGCAACUGUUUACGCGGUUAAAACAAGAAAAAUACCAGAAAACUUUAACGAGAGCAAGUUUAUUGGGUUCACAAUGUACACCACCUGCAUAAUUUGGCUAGCCUUUGUACCAAUUUACUUUGGGACCGGUAAUGCCCACGAAAUUCAAAUAACAACACUCUGUGUGGCAAUAAGUUUGAGCGCCUCGGUGACUCUAGUGUGUUUGUACUCACCUAAAGUAUAUAUCAUAGUCUUCCAGCCUGAUAAAAAUAUUCGGGGCAAAGUAACUAUGGGUAGUAGUACAUUUAAAAAACAAGGAAGCAGUGCUGGGACUUCCUCCGUUGCUAAAUAUACCGGUUGUGAGAUGAGCAGUGAACAUGUACCAUUACGUAGUGCAUUGUGUGCUGUCGUUCAAACUUCUGUGGGUGUUACCGGUGUUACGGAAAUUUCACAGUCAUCUAACGCUUCUGAACAAGUCGCUCAGUUAUAAAUAAAAACAAAAA